AGUUAUUUUCCGUUUACUUUGAAUAUUGUUCAUAUUUUUGAAUUGAAUACACAAAACUGUUUUCUACCUGGUACUACCUACUGAACUGGUUAUGUUUUGGAAGAAGCUCUAUUAGUACUGUAGAACUUUUCAAGAUGGUGUCAGCAGAAACUAAAAGAUUAAUUAUCAAGUAUCACCAGAACGGAUAUAGUCAUCGACUGAUACACUACUUGUUAGAAAGCAAACAUAAUGUUGUUAUAAGUUACUCAUAUCUUGUAAGAAAGGUUAUUCCAUUGCUGGGACUUUCUAGAAGGGGACAAAUGCAAGCAGACUUUGAUGAGAUUGUUACUUUAUCAAAGAAUGAGAUUGGUAAUGGUGUUGCUGGGUCUGAACAGUUUCGUAAACUUAUGGCAGUGAAGCAUGGCAUCAGAUUAACAAGACAGUUUAGUCGUGCAGUAGUUGGAGUGUUUGAUCCUGAGGGAGUUGAGAGAAGAAAAAGAAAAAGACUAAGGAGGAGACAGUACAUUAACAAGGGACCCAAUUAUGUUUGGCACCUUGAUGGUUAUGAUAAAUUAGUACAGUUUGGUAUAUGCAUCCACGGUUGUGUUGAUGGGUUUAGUAGAAAAGUUAUAUGGUUAGAAGCAGGAAUUACUAAUAGACGACCUGAUGUUGUAGCCUCGUAUUAUUUGAAUGCUGUAGAGAAAGAGGAAGGAUAUCCAUGCAAAGUACGUGCUGACCAUGGCACUGAAAAUGUUGUUGUUGCUGCCAUGCACAGAACAUUAUCAGGAAAUGAUAACAGUUUCCUGUUCGGAAAAUCCACAUCAAAUCAGAGAAGUAUUGGAACAGGAAUAUAUGCAGUUAAUACAGCUGUGACUGUUGGGACAGAAAACGUGAUUGUUGGGACAAGGAUUCAAUGUGAUGUAUGGGUGAUCUGUAUCAGCACAUUAGCUGGCCGGAACUACAUAUAUAUACAUAAGGUUUAA